AGACUAAUGUGUUUAUUUGUUUACUUUCUUUUUUAAAAAACAAACAUCACAUUUUGUCCUUGUCAAACAUUUCUUUUUCUUUCUCUCUUUUCCCGUUUUCUUUGUUCAUUAAUUAUGUCAGCUACUUUAAGCAGAUUGCCCUUGAUUCCCUUAUCUCCACUUGUUCAAACAUCGAUUGACUCUGCCAAAUAUCUUGCAGCAAUCACUCAAAAUUUAUCUGAACAUCCUGAUGACACUAGGCUUCAGAAACAUCUAUCUUCAACCAGAGAAAAAUUAGAUCAAAUCACCAAACACACCCAAACGAUUCAAGUGAGCUUCCUUACUCAAUUUAGUACACAAGAGAUUGCACAAGAGAUUGCCUAUAUUAAUUCUCAGCUCUUUCGACUGGUCGUUCUUGAUUCUGCGUGGAUAGCCAACUAUGAUAAACGAGUGAACGUGAUACCUAUGUUGGAUUUUCACAGAUAUUUGUCUCAUGCAUUUGCUCAUGAAAUCAUUUGCAGCUCCUCAAGAAAUGAUGGGAAUAUCGUGGCUCAUCUCAUACAAAUCGCUACAAUGCUUCUGUUUGUUUAUCGUGACUUUUCUGGUUGCACAGCCAUUCUCAAAUGCUUACAGAUGCCAGAAAUACAACGAAUUGAAAACGCCUGGAGCCAGUGCCCGCCCAAGAUGAUAAAGGUGUUUAAAGAGCUCUUACCUCUUAUAUCCCCAGAUAAUCAAUAUGAAGUCUACCGCCAGGCAUUAUGGUCAUUGACUCACAAAUUUCUCGAUAUGCCUCCUAUGCGAUCCCGCAUGGUCGCCAUACCAUUUAUGCAUGCUCACUUUCAGGUUAUACAAACAAUCCCAUCAACAGUCCAAAUAUUGGAAUUUUGCCAGCAGUUUACAAAAAUAGACCCGAGCAUACUGGGACCCACAACCUCAUCAGUAAAAUUCACCCAGGAUCCCAAAAAACCAAGUAUGGAUCUCGAACAGCUCCAUACUAACCCGGCUGUUUAUCAUUGGCUUGUCUCGAGAGCUUAUUUAACCUAUGCACAACUGCGAUGUGAAAGUGUGCAUGUCAUACCUUUGACUGCAGGAGAAAGGUUGCCUGAAAUAGAAGAGGAGCAUGAUCUGUACUGGAAGUUCUUCCGGUUGGAAGAAGAAGAAGAAGAAAAUGAUGAAGCCUUGAAGGAUGUUGAAAUGAAACUUAUUAAGACUCAAGAGGACAUUACAAAUCAAGUACAAGGCUCUAGCAAUAGUAGCAGUAAUAAUAAGGUUGAUGACAGUAAUAGCCACACUACUACUACUACUACUACUAC